GGUUCAAUAUCGACAGCAGAGGGAUCAGCUUUGGUGAAGCUUGGAAAUACAACAGUUGUUUGUGGAGUAAAGGCAGUUAGUCAUCAACAUAGUGAUUUAUAAAACUUGUGUACUAAGGUUAAUCAGUUUUGUUCGGGUAGGAAUCAGGUCUGAUCUGCUGACAUGGUGCUGAAGUGAGUUUCACAGUCAUGUGCAGAACUCACAAAUCUGUCUUUUGUUGGGACAUUCAUCAAUAUUGCGACGCCUAUGCGGUGCAUGUACAUGUAUUGAGGAAGUUACAGUCACUUCUGAAUAGACAUGCAUGGUAUUGGCCAUGCAGAAGAAGACAGCAAUGUUCAACCACAAUAUAAAAUGUGGUCUGACUCUGCGUGAUUGUCAAAAUUGUGGUGGUACAGAUUUGCAGUCCUAUCAAAAUGUUGUACUCCUCAUUGUACUUAAAUCUCUUAAAACAAUGAAACUUGGUUAAUUAUACCAUUUUGAUGUAAUUGCCAGGAAUUUGCUGUGCCAAGUCAGGAGAAACCUAAACUUGGAUUUAUAGGUCAGUUAAAGUUAAGGUAAUAAAUUAUGAUAGUCAACUAAUUAAUUUAAAAUGAAUGGUAUCUAAUUUAUUAUAAUUGAAUUGAAUAUAGUUACUGUAUUAAUCAUUAUUUUUGAAUUUGGUAAAAUUGAUCACACAGGACAUUGAAAAGGUGUGCAAACUGUAAAGUAGAAUUUUUUUAUUGUUAGUUAUUAUUGCGGAGGACAAGAGGAGCCUGCAAUCUUGGUCCAGGUUGUUAUUACGCAUGCAUUGCAUGUAUGUAGUCAGCAUUCGUUUGGACUUCCACUAAGAAAGAAUGGAAUGCACAAAACCCACUUUGAUCAGGAGUGUUUCAAACUUCUGCCCCUCAUAAUCUGAUCACACGUGUUUUGACCAUCUAUCAAGUGAAACGUAUGCAAAGCACAGCAUUGUUGCCCGCACUUCUUAACCUUUGGUUAUUACUAGUUAGUAACUGGAACCCUUCCCUUGCUGUCCCCACUUCUUUCCACCCCUCCCCCGCUCCCACACACAUUUAUUUUUUUUUUGCUUGGUUCUGUCCCUGGUGAGUUGAUUUUUAGUUUCUGCUUAGUAUAUAAAUUAUACACCUAUUUAAUUUGCCCAGGAAGGGGGGGGGUGGUGCUUCCUAUGGCCAUCCAAGAGGGGUGAUUUUUUCAGGCUUAGGAUAUGAAAAGGUAGGGAUUGCACUUUUUUAAGUACAUGUAUAUGAAAGGUUAGGAAUCUGUCAUUUUGGUCAAUAAAGAGGCCCAAAAUUGGCUUGUAAAAAAACAGAAGCAUUUUAUGGCUGUAAAAAAUUUUGGUUUGUAAUUUAAGAGCAGUUAAAGGGGUUACAUUUUUCUAAACUAGGUAUGUGAUUAGGAGCCCCAUUUGUCAAUAGAAGGUAUACUGCAAAAGAGGUAACUUUACUGUCAAAAACUGUAUAUAAAGGAUAAGGGGCUGGACCUCAGAGCACAGCCUCCCCAUAUAACACUUUGUUGUGUCCCCUUAUCCCCCCGGUAACUAGUAUGUAUACUGAUGCAUUUUUUUUCAAUCAGUUCCCAACGUAGAUCUGCCUCCUCUCUGUUCAUCACGAUUUCGUCCUGGACCUCCUAGUGAACAGGCACAAGUUCUCAGCCAGUUUGUUGCAGAUAUUAUUUCAAAGUAAGAAAUGUAGUAUCUGUCUCAUGUAGAUGUUGUAGUUAAUUUUUUAUCUCAGGGAAUUUUUGUUUUCCUUUUGUUUUUGGGUAUGGUAAUGUAUGCUAAUGAUGUUCAAACAAAGGAAAAAAUAAAAAUUACCUGAAAUGAAAAAUUAACUACAACAUAGAUAAUUUGGUAUUAUUAUUGGGGCACAUACUCUAUGAUCUAACAUAUUUGGUCCAAACAUAUUGUGUCUUUAUUUGCCUUGCUAAUAGGCAAUUGAUUUUAAAUGCAGUUACAGGCAGAUCAAAGGCAAAUUUGCCAGUGUAUUAUAAAUUCAUUUCAAACUUUCUUCCUAGAAUUUGGUGAGGUAGUCUUGAUAACCAGCUGCUAUAAGAGCCUGCAACAAAGGUUUUGGAAGAUUUUUGCAGUCUUUCUAAUUGCUACACUGCAGAGUGUUGACAGACAUGUGUACUAUGAAUUAUCUCUUGCAUAGCUGCUGUGUACAGUUCUCUGCUAAUCAAUUUGCUUUGCAUGUGUUUCCUUUGAAUCACCAGCUGUGAGCCAAUCAGUCUUGAGGAUUUGUGUAUUGUAGAAGGCAAGGUAAGGUCUUUGUAUAUUUUGGUAUUAUUGAGGUUAAGGAAAAUACAUUGUAACUGAAGCAAACUUUUACAUUUUAUGGUGCAGAUUAUCUAUAUUUACACACAGGAUUGUGUUCUUUAAAUUUGGUUGAAUGUGAACACUCAUGUACAUCAUACAUGCAGGUUCAUAAUAAAUUAUAUACGAAGUCCACGGCUUAACUGUACAUGAGCAUUUUCAACAUCAAACGAGUCUUUAUUCCUGAGAUGUUGAUAAAUAUUUGUUUGCUUCUAUUUUUAGUUAUGUUGGGUCCUGUAUGUGGACAUAAUGUGCUUAAGUUAUGAUGGUAACAUCACAGAUGCAUGUCUAAUAGCAGCAGUUGCCGCUCUUCAAAACAGUGAGUAGCAAUAAUUAACAGUCGUUGUGUAUUGAUAUGUGCUGUUUCUAAAACGAGCGGGAGUGUAUAGUUUAUCAGGUUUAAAAACUGUUAGCUUUGUCUCGAGUUUUUAAUACACGACUGCGGGUUUUUUGAACAGCUUCAAAACCUCUGAUAUAUAGAUCAACUCAUUCUUACACUAACAUUUAGAUUGGGGUUAUUUUGGUCUAAAAAAUUGGACGUAAAGUUUAGUCGUGUCGUUAUAAGAUAUAAAGACACUCAUUAAACAAUUAAUAUUUCUUUUGUUUUGUCUUUAUUAUUAUUAAUAUAUUUUUAAAUAUUAUAUCGUUAUAUACGGCAAAAAAAAUAUGGUUCAGCAUCUGUUAACCUUGUUGAAGUUUUGAGUGAAUACAGGAAACAAACUCAGCCCUUUUGGAUUGACUUUCAUUGUUUUAACACGUUGCAAAAUGUUGGACGGAAUGCAGCCAAUUCUUCUUCUCAUCAUGCUAAUUGGCCUGUUUCUUACAAAUCUUCUUUCUCCUGUUUUCAAGCACGACUUCAUUCCGUAAAGAUAGAUGAAGAAACGCAAACUCCAGAACCAUCAGAGAAAAAAGAAGUUUCACUGAACCUAAGACAGCAUCCAGUUGCAUCUACUUUCGGGAUAUUCGAUGAGUGAGUCAUUCCAUAUGUACAUGUGGCUAGGCUGAUAUUGUUCUUUAAUGGUGACCGACUAUCUUCAAAUAAGCCAUACCUUCUAAGUACACCUGCCUAACAUCUAAAAGCUUAUUCUUUAAAGGAGCACCCAUUUAUUUAUUUGCCAGCUUAAAUAAAGCUUUAAAGGAGCACCCAUAUCUCCUAAGAAAGUUUGAAUUACCAAUAAACCAAUCAGAUAGCGUAAAACCGAGUCUUGCGAUUCGAGUCAGUUUUUAACAUUCACUUUUGGAAUCUCACAGCUUACGCCACCAACAAUGUAGUUUUCUCUAGAUCGCCAAUCGCUUAUCGAAAAAAGACUUCCUUAUUCAAGUGACAAUGUAUCAAAGUUACCAUAAAAGUACUAUAGCAGAUUUCCCUGUUUUGACGUCUCCUACUGGAGAUGGGACCGCGAUUUCUUUGUCUUUUGAGCCAUGCGGAGGUCGAGCUGUUUGCUGGGGUAUUAAUGGCCGCAGUACCUUCACUCGCGUUUUCAGUUAUUUUAAGACCCUCAAUAUUAGUUCGGCUCUAGGAAAUCGAACCUACGCCUUCUUUGAUCCCGUUCUGCAACCUAACGCUACGUAGCUCUGUUUCCUCUUCUCCACUCUGCGCAUGCUCUAUGGUCUCUUUAAUUUCAUAACGGUGCUCGGAGAUUCCGAUUAGCCACUGUAAAAAAAGCUAACAUAAAUGAAUCUUAUUUAUUUGUAGCUCUGUAUUAUUUGCUGAUCCAACUGAUGAAGAAGAAAAUCUAGUCUCCGGAAUCGUCACUAUAGUUGUGACAGAUGAUGAUAAAAUUGCAGCUGUUCAUAAGCCAGGUAAUUUUAGGCUUUAAAAUAGAAUAAAAUUAUGAAGAAAAGAACUAAUCAUCUUAGUGUAAGAACACAAGAAAGUCAUGAACACAAUAGAACCUAGCAAGUAGCUAUAAAAUCAAAGAUAAACUUAGAGGCUGUUACACCGAGAUAAUUCCAAUACAACCGCAACUUGCAAUACAUCUGUUUUCUAAGACGGUGUAAGUUUUGACUUUUAGAAACUAUGGUGUUGAGUCGACGUGGAAGUUAAAAUUUUAUCAGUUGAGUUUGUGAGAUAAGGUCAAUUUCCUGACCACCGUAAGGAGAUUCCAAAGAUCAUGGAAGUUAUCAUAGCGAAUUCACUUCUGCAAAGGGCUAGUCCUCGAAAAGUUUGCUUUUUAAUCCGCUUACGAUAUGCUCAUUAUGGAGAGGGAUAAUUUUUCUUUAUUUUGUAUACAUCCGAGACUCCGCUUUCCCAGCGCUUGAAGUCCGGAGUUCUUGAGACUUGGAAGUGUUAUUGUUGAAGUCUUGUUCGCGAGUGUGGCAGUGAUCUACAGUUGUGCCCUAUUAUUUUAUGUUGUCAGUGGCCCGUUAGAAAUAGCAACCCUGUUCGUAAAUUAAUGCCAUUUUCUUCGCGCAAAACAUGUUAUCCCAUAAUCAAGGUUCUCCUGAAUCCUUUUGCUGAAUAACUGAUUUAUGUGUCAACCUUUUUUUGUGCGAAGACGGUGUGAACAGUAUUGGAUAAACUCUGCCGGAGGAAGCUGAGGUCAUGAAAUUUUCUUGUUGCCUAGUUACUGCUCUCGUCCUUUUUUUCCCUCUUAAAGGUGGAUCUCCUUUGACAGAUGACAAGUUACAGGAAUGUUUUAAAAAGUCGGGGAGAAGAGGCAAAGAAGUCCGAGAUCUAAUCCAGACAGCUUGUGAUGACAUUGAUAGAUAA